AUGCAGACCCCUCCAGAAAGUACCGACGUCAAGUUAGAUACACUUAACGAACCUAGUGCACAUUUAAUUGAGAAAAAUGUGGCUCUUCCUAAGGACAUAUUCCGUUCGUACUUGAGUUAUUGGAUCUAUGAAAUCGCUCGCUAUACACCAGUCAUGAUUUUGUCCCUGGUAAUAGGGGUUUUGGUUUUAUUAAUUAUAUUUUUUAAUGACAACGAAGCUUGUGUUUUCAAUUCUGCAAUAUUUGCUUUUACUUCUCUUGUAGGUUUGUUAAUAAUAUUAAGUGAUGGUAAUCCAAAGCUAGUCAGUCGUCGAAAUUUUAGGACCGAGCUUUUAGUGGAUGUCAUCACACGUAAACCGGCGGUAGAAGGGAAAGAAUGGAGGAUCAUCACAUACAACAUGAACCAAUAUUUGUUUAAUCAUGGGCAAUGGCAUACUCCGUAUUACUUUUACAGCGAUGAGGAUUGCUACCGUUAUUUUCUACGCCUUGUUGAGGGAGUAACCCCCAAGAAGCAAACAGCCACGUCAAUUGGCAAUUCUCCGGUCACCGCUAAGCCUGAAGAUGCCAUCGAGUCAGCUUCUCCUAGUUCCAGACUGAAUUAUCAAAACUUUUUGCUCAAGGCAGCGGAGAUCGAACGACAAGCUCAGGAAAAUUACUGGCGAAGGCGGCAUCCCAAUAUCGAUGCGCUUCUUAAAAAGACGGAAUAG